GGCUGUUCUCCCCGGACGCGGCCGCCACCGCGCCGCCCCACGACCUGCCGGAAGUGCGGCUGCGGGAGCCUCGGCGUCCCGGCCCCCAGCCACCGGAAGCGGAAGCGGCAGCGGCAUCCCCGCGUGCCCGCUCCUCACUGCUCUCCAGCUGCCGCUGCAGCGGUUGCCGCAGCCACGAUGCCGAAACGAAAAAAGCAGAGUGAGCAGCAGCAACCGCCCCAGCAGCCCUCUCUGCCGGAUCGGGGAGAUCCUGGAGAUGAGGAAGACGAGAGUCCCAUUGGACCACCCAGCCUUCUGGGCCCACCCCCUAUGGCCAAUGGAAAGCCUGAUGACCCCAGCUCAGCUCUUCACAGAGGUCCUCCAGGAUCCAGGGCACUGAUGAUCCCACCACUGCUGAGCCUGCCCUCGCAUCCCAGAGGAAGAGGCCCGUUUCGAGGCGGCCUUGGCCCUAGGACUAGUCCAUAUGGACGUGGUUGGUGGGGGCUCAGUGUUGAACCUCCCUAUCUGGGACCAGGCCAUGGAGGUCCUUCCAGGGAAGGCUUUCACAGAGAGCAGAGAAAACCGAGAAGGCUAAAAAGCUGGUCUCUUGUGAAGAACACCUGCCCACCCAAGGAUGGCCCCCAAGUUACAGAAGACAAAUCCAACCGCCCUGUGUGUCGACACUUUUCCAAAAAGGGCCACUGUCGAUAUGAGGAUCUCUGUGCCUUCUAUCACCCUGGUGACAAUGGGCCUCCUCUGUGAGACUGCCUUCCCUUCCAGGAGGAAGGGGCCUGCCCAGUGGCCCUGUGCUGACAGUCUGAGGCUCUUCACCGCCACCCACCACUGAGGGUCCUGAGCUGUGGGGUCCUGGUGCUCAGUGUGAGCCUCUUCUGACCCCACCUCCGGGGACUCGCCUUGAGGAUCCCCACGUCACCGCUGUGACUGCCUCCCAGAUCUUCCCUCCACCAGAUGACUGCUGACAGAAGACCUGGUGCUGUUUCUUGCACAUCUGACCACAAUCACCCUUCAUCCCACUGACCGGAGACCUCUUCCUGAGACACCAGGCUGCUGGCGGCACUGCCUGAGGGAACUCUGGUGGUCUGCCCCUGGGUCUGCAUGGUGGCUGGUACAGGGCCUCCCCCUGCUUCUGAGUAGUUUUUCUUUCAGUAGUAUGAUCCCCACCACUGUGCUCUGUGGUCACUGUGCUUUGUGCAACUAUGCCUCCCCUCGUGCUCUCUUGGUGUUUGUGACUUCUCAAGGCUAGAGUAAGUUUUCUGCCAAAAUGAAGGAGGCUCCCUGGGCCUCCAGACUAGCCAUGUCCUGGCUUCCAGACUGACUAACACCCCCCCCCCCCCCUUGCCCAUCCUCCAAGGUCUGACACAGGCCCGUGGUGUCUGGGAGGCCCUGGCUAAACCUUGGCCACUGUAGUCAGCCUGUCAUCGAGAGGCCACCCACUGUUGACUGAAAUCUGAACCUUUACCUGGUCUGUGCCCCGGUAGACACUGGCAGGAUCGGCACUCUCUUCAGACCCUCUUUCCCCCUGGCGCUGGUUGUUUUCUGUGAAAACGCCAGUGGAUGGGUUCAGUUACAAACUGGCCCUGAAGAAGUGGGUCAGGGGUGAUGUUGGCCACGGGGGGAAGAGAGCCAUUGGAGAACUGAGAAUGAGGUGAGGUGUUUUUGUUUUUGUUUUUUUACUUUUUUUACAUUAGUAAUAAACACAGUGGGAACCAGCAUUUUAAUCCUUGUUCCUGUCACCUCGAGGUCCAAGUGAGGCUGCCCUUGCCAUGUGCAGCGUCAGCAUGUAGUUUGCUGGUGCUCAUGGGAAGCCUGUGCAGUCCUGUGUUCUGAUGAAGCAGCCUUUCAGGAAAAACCCAUGAAGUUCCAACAAGCCAGGCGGCCACAGACGGAAGAGCCGCUGAGAUAGAUGCUGUUGGGGUCUACUGGCCAAGACAGCUUCCCAAACAGGCACAAAUAGUGGGAAAGCACCUUUCAGAGUUGCCAUGAGUCCUGGCCUGAUGGUACAUGCCUGUGACCCCAGCUCUUAGGACAGUGAGG